AUGUUGCCCAAAUCUUGCCUCUUUACAUCCCUCGCGGUUGAACUCAUCGAGCUGAUCGCGGGGUUUGUAGAUGUCGACUCUUUAAUGAAACUACGUCUGGUCUGUCGCCACCUGCAAAGGAAAACCUUUAAUCAUUUCGCACGUCGCUGCUUUUCGUCGAUCAAGACAGAUCUCUCAGAAGAAAGUCUCAGUCGAAUCAACGCUCUCUCUCAGAACGAAGCACUCCGACCAUACGUUCAAGGUCUAGCAUUUAUGCUUCAGAACGGGGUGGGUCACGGUCUGGUGUGGGAUCGUCAUCCGUGGGGUCCUCUAUCCGCCCCUAUGGAAGUGGAGGCCAUCAAGCGCCUUCGAGACAACUUGGUGAAUCAUUUAACAAACUGUCGUUCAUUCUUUAUCUUCUGUCGAUACCCAGAAGGGCAUCCCGAUAUGAGUCAUGUCACCAUCACUGAUGCUGUCGCCGUCUUCUUCGCUCUAGUCGUUGACUCCCGCUUACCAGUGUCAUCGUUUCAUUUAAUCUAUGCGAAUCAACAAUCUCGAACAUUGAUGAUGGAUAUGCGCCGCUUACCAAAGCUUCUAUAUCGACAACCCAAGUUCCGAAUAGUAUGGUCCAAUCUACAGAAACUCUCUUUGGAGCAGUAUCUGACCUUGGAUAAUUUCGGGUUUCUUCUGGAGUUGGUCUUGAGUGCACCGAAUCUCAAAACAUUACUUCUCAACUUGGGCUCUCAUGACUUGGCCGCAGAGUUCAUGCAUGAGUUGGCCGAGGCAGCUUCAUUCUCUCAGCUAGAAGAACUAGCCUUGUUCCGCACUGCCGUGAGAGCACCAGAUCUUCACAUGAUGAUUGAUGGCCUUCGUGGGACAUUGCAGAAGCUCACUUUCUAUCAUGUGUCUUUGGCACCAGACGACAGCUGGUCAGCCAUUUUGAAGGACCUCAGUCGUGAUUUCUUGGCUCUGCGGAGAGUCUCUUUAUAUUAUCUCUGGAACAGCACCCCGGCUACUCAGCUGAUAUCCUUCCCCGAGCUUCAGAAGGCGCCGCUCAUCUGUGAAACACCAGUUCAACGUCUUCAAAUGUUUUACUCGGAGAAUCCGAAGAGCCCGGCUGUUCUAGGCGUGGAGUAUUCGGGUCCGAAGAUGUCGCAGUUUCUUGGUCUCCUCCAGAGAACCGCUAUCUGUACCUAA